AUGUCUCGACUCGCCAAGGCCUACAGCCUGACCAGUACCAAUGACACAAAGGACCUCUACGACAAGUGGGCGUCCACCUACGACAGCGAGAUGAGCAGAGAAGAAGAGGACUACGUCGGUCCUGCCCUGGCAGCCGCCCACAUCCUCCAGCACCUGGGGGCCGAGGAGAUCGGACCCGAUGUCGAGAUCCUAGACGCCGGCUGCGGCACCGGCCUGGCCGGCAUUGCCCUGUCCCGGCUGGGCGCCCGCAAGGUCGACGGCGUCGAUCUCAGCCCCGGCAUGCUGGACGUUGCCCGCAAGGCCGGCGUGUACCGCCACCUGGACACGGCCGACCUGUCGACGCGCCUCGUCCACGACGACGACCGCUACGACGUGGUCUGCUGCGUCGGCACCCUCACCCAGGCCCACGUCGGCCCCGUCGUGCUUGACGAGUUCGUCCGCAUCGUCAAGCCGGGCGGUUACAUCGUCGCCACGAUCCUGGGUAGCAUCUAUGUGUCAGGUGGCUACGAGGCCAAGAUCGAGAGCCUCGUCAACAGAGGCAAGGCUAAGCUCAUCAGUGCCGAGAUGGAGGAUUACCGCCGCAAGGCCAACAUUCGCGCUCGCAUGGUUGUCAUCCAGGUCGUGUGA